GGAGGCUUCAACACUGUCCAGUAUUUAUGGUGGUGUUUGUGUCAUUACUCUCACGAGACUGCGAAGCCGCACUUUGGGGAGAAAAAAGUUAAAAUUCGCCGCCUCUGCCGCGAUCGCCGUUCGGGAUGCGACGGGAAACGACCGGAUAUAAGUGCGGAAUAUAAGUGUACUUAGAAAAUACCCGUGAAAUAGUGGAAAUAUCCCGAACGACGCUCGAACAUAGGAGUCCGGUUUUGGCCGUCGCUUUUCACACGAUUCUCAAGAGUUGAUUUCAAUCCCUAUUUUUCUCUGGACAUUAUUUUCGGCUGUGUGGCCCCUUUUACCCUCUCCCCCCUUAACCCUUAUGGCCUCGUUGAUUCGUCGGGUGGAUUGAGUGGCGCCAAACGGAUGAAUUAUGAGACGUUGGAUGAGCAGCAGCAGUUUCAGCAGCGGGAAGAGAAUAGAGAUAGGUUUAGGGUGCAGGCCUAAGCCGAAGGAGGUUACGUACGACUUGUUGGGACCUCAAAUUUCGCCACUUGUAUUUUGGCCCACCCCCCUCGCCCACCUUUAACCCCCUAAAAGCGUCCGUUUGCCAUUAUUUAGGCCCAGCUUCUGACGGGAUCGGAUUUAGGCUGACUGACGGGGUCAUAGGCUACUACCUACCAGGCACUACCUACCCUAAGGACUGCUGCCUUUUGGGACCUUAAAUUUCGGCGCACCAUAUUUGGCCCGCUCUUGCUCCCCAUCACUUCUUUGACGCCCUAAUAGCUACUAGUCUGUCAUUAUUUAGGCCUGGCAUUGCACAGGACUAGAUUUGGCUGACCCUACCCUAAGGGGGCGUUUUCUGGUUAGUGGGACCGACCGUAGCCUACGCCUAUGAAAAUUUGACAUUUGGUCCACAGCCCUGGCUUUUGAAAAGGAGCAUCCAUUUGCCAUUAUUUAGACUUCUUUGGACCGGACUAGGUUAGACCAACCCUAAGCUAGGUGGCUGUUUUGGCAACCAGGGACGAGCCUAUGAAAACUUGACCCACGGUCCAUAGCCUAGCCCCGUAGAAAGUCGACCGAAGGAAGGUCCGUGCUGGUUAAUAUGGAGCGGGGAGGAUUGGACGAUUUGGCCCCGUAGGGUGUUUAAUAUUUUUUUUGUGCCUCGGCUGCUGUCGGAAUAACCCCCAGAAAAUACUAUGCGAAGAUGGAAGUGGACAUUGCGCAGGUGUUAGCGGCCGUCGACACCCUCUACGACAUCCAGACGACGGACCGCCAGAAGCACGACCAAGCCUCCCAGUGGCUGCAUCAGUUGCAGCGAUCGGUACAAGCAUGGAAAGUAGCCGACCAACUGUUGCACACCAAGCGAGAUGUCAACUCUUGCUUCUUUGCAGCUCAGACGCUGCGAACCAAAAUACAGUUGUAUUUUGGGGAACUUCCGCAAGAGGCACACGACUCACUACGGGCAUCGAUGCUGGAACAUCUGAGUCACAUCAACGAGCACACCUACCAAGGGAUUGCUACGCAGCUGUGUGUAGCCCUGGCUGACUUGGCAUUGCAUAUGGCCUCAUGGGAAGAUCCUAUCUUGGACCUUAUUCAUCAGUUUGGACCAAGUUCGAGCACUCCCAACCUAGUUCCGCUGCUAGAAGUCCUCAUCGCCCUGCCUGAAGAGUUGCAUUCCAGACAACUCCGGUUGGGACUCAACCGAAGAAAGCAACUGGACGAGUAUUUUAAAAGAAAAGUUCCUAGUAUAAUAGAGUUACUGCAUAUUGCAGUCAACACUGAAGGAGCAACCAAAGAGAGCACACAUUUGAAGGCCCUGAGAUGUUUAGCAUCAUGGUUUAACAUCCAUACUGAAGAAUGGAUUCUCCUCACCAACACCUGUCUAGUAACAGACAUUCUCAAUGUUGUCAGAAAUCCCCAGGUGUCUGCACGGUUACACGAAAUAGCCACAGACUGCAUAUGUUCUGCUAUGAUCAUGUUGGAGGCUGAAAGGAUUCAACCUCUCGCGGAAAUGCUGUUUGCUGGGGUGCUGCAGUUGGGUGAACCAUACCACAUGGCUGUUGCUCUUGAGGAUCUGAACGCCAUCACUAAUUAUGCAAGAAUAUUCUCCGAGCUUGGGGAAACUUUGGUGGAAGUUAUGGUGAAUCAGCCUGACCAAGGAUUAGGAUCCUUCCAGGUGUUACACCUUCUCCUGACCUGUAUAGGACACCAUGAUUGGGAGGUCGCAGAAAUAACGUUUAACUUCUGGUACAAGUUGUCGGAAGUUGUAUAUAGGAAAAACUGUGAUACUGUGAAUGAGCAGUUUAAGCCCUACGUUGAACGAUUGAUAGAGGCACUUUAUAGGCAUUGUCAAAUUGAACCUGAUCAUGAAAGCAUUCUGGUGCAGCAGGAUGAUUUCUACGAAUUUCGUGAGAGGGUCCAAGAGCUCAUUAAAGACGUGGUCUUCAUCUGUGGCUCGAAGCCCUGCUUCCAGCAGAUGGCUCACAUACUCCAAUCACCUGAUGUGACCAAGAAUUGGAAUCUGAUGGAGGCUGCACUUUUCAUCAUGCAGAGCGUUGCAAAAAAUCUCAUACCAGAAGAAAAAAUAUUAAUCUGUUCUACCAACAGAGAAGAAAACGAGGUAGUUCCCCCUAUCCUAGAGGCUGUGCUAAACCAGCCAGAUGAAGUCCACCUUCAGGUUGCCUUCACAUCUGUCCAGUUGUUAGCAGAGCUGAACGAGUGGGUUGCUUGCCAUCCAAACCUACUGCCUCUGGUUUUACAGUUCCUUACGAAACGUCUUCACAAUAAACAUUUGGCAACUGUAUCUGCAAAGGCACUAGACGCUGUUUGUCAGAGUUGUCGCGAUCACAUAGAGCAGCACUUUGAAGGGUUGAUGCAGAUCAUCGGUUCCCUGGACUCGUUCAGCAUAAGCAACGAGGCUGUUGUGGGCCUUCUGAAAGGUGUGGCGUCCAUCUUGGGAAGACUACCCAGAGAGAGAAUACAGGAGGAUAUGAAAAAGUUGUGUCUAGUUCAGAUUAGGAAUUUACAAAAAGUUAUAGAGGAAAAUGCUUCAAUAGAGAAAAAUACCAAAUCGGAUCCAGUAGUAUGGUUAGAUCGACUGGCAGCAAUAUUUAGAAAUGUAAACCCAAUUGUUCACAACGGAGAACAGCAUCCCUGUCAGGAGGUAGUGAUGGAGGUUUGGCCGACGUUGUCACUAACUUUCCAGAGGUAUAGCACAGAUAUACGGGUAAUGGAACACACGUGUCGUUGUCUACGGUUCGUUGUUCGCUGUGUCCACCAGCAUUCGAUGCCGCUAUUGUCUCCCCUUGUCGAACAGAUGGUGACAUUGUACAGCGCCCAUGGACACAGUUGCUUCCUGUAUUUAGGGAGCAUUUUGGUGGAUGAAUAUGCUGGUGAAGCCGGAUGUGUACCAGGCCUUCUAGCGAUGCUGGAAGCUUUUACUCAACCUACCUUUGUGCUGCUUACACAGCCCAGUGGUUUUCGUAAUCAUCCUGACACAGUGGAUGACUGGUUCAGGCUGUGUGCUAGGUUCCUUCAGCGAGCUCCUGUGCCCUUCCUCAAGUGCAUUGCCUUGAACACCAUUCUUGAAUGUGGUUUGCAAGCUUGCAUGCUUGAUCAUAAGGAUGCAAAUGCUGCUGUUCUCAAGUUUUUCCAAGAUCUGGUCGAAGCAGGACGGAAGCAUGAGGACCAACCAGACUUCGAAACACGGCGUACUUUAGUCGUUAGCAUUUUUGACACUCAUGGAGAGAACCUUGUAGGCAACCUUGUUACCGCAGCUGUAUUUAUCCUUCCACAAUAUAUGCACCAUGAUGUUGCCGAAACUUUUUAUCAGAUUAUGCAGUUCGACCGUCCAAAGUUUUGUCACUGGUUGGAAGCCAAGCUAAAGGUGCUGCCAACUAAGAAUUCUGGUGGUGUGGAGGCAGUGACGCAAGUGCAGCUAGUAGAAUUCCACAAGGCUGUGACACAGGCGGAACGCACCAAGGAGAUUUCAAGAGCCUUGGUCGACUUUUCUCGCUACUUCAGCUGACAAGAUGGACAGUAUAGCUAGAACACUUAUCUUAGGAUGGACAUAAUACAUCGCUACUAUGUGGCAUGGAUAUAUUGUAACAUUUUUUUGACAAAUGUUGGGACUUUUUUCCUAUCGUUUAUAAAUUGUCUGUGCAGUUACAGUCCUGGGUGUACAGUGGAACUUGAGGUGGUGCAUUGUUGUCAUGUAGUGUCAAAUAAUUUUGUAACCUGUACAUUAUACAACAGUAUCUGUUGCUAAAGUUUCUCAUACAUAUAUCACCUUCUUAUUGAUUUUAUUUUUUUAAUGUAUAGUUCUCUUUGCAUUCUUUAGACUUGUAGUCAUGAUAGUGGAAGUGUACUUGUUACUUUUACUGUUUGAAGUUUUUGUGUACUGUAAUUUGCUCAUCUGCUUUGUCACGUCAUACUUGUCUUCAUUUGUAAGAACUGUCAUGAAACUUGUCCAGACACAGUUACUUUAUUCAUGGUGAUAUUUUUUACUAAUUUUCUUCAGCUAUUUGCAACCCUGACUUGAAGGAAGGUCUAGUCAUUCCUGUACGUAUUGUGUUUCUGCAGUUCCCCAUCCAGAUUAUCUUUUGCAUAAGUGUUUGUGUUUUUCCACUUUUGUAGUCAGCUGUGUCCCGAGGGACAUUUAACUACAUGGUACAAUGCAUAGCACCAAGAGAUGCCAGUGAAGUAUCUGUAAACACAUAGUAAAUGCCUCAAGUUCUUCUGGUCCCAGGAGGAAAGUCAGUCACCGAAGUUGAAAGCAUAACUUGUCGAAUGUUGCACUGCAUUGACAAGGGGAUAUGAGAGGGGGAGAGGAAAGGGCUAGAUAGUUGGCAGUUGCAGUGAACGAAGAAAAGUAAGGUGUGGGAAUCUUUUCUUCCUAGAUUUGGAAGUGACUUCCAUCAGCAGCAGACUGCAUUUUGUGUUUAGGCCCAACAGUAUAUUGUCACUGAUAACAGAUUUUCUUGCUGAAACUGUGCAUUGCAUGGCUUUUUGGCUUGAUGUAUCCCAUUGAUAUUUCCUCUUUCAAGUUCUUACGAAUACACACACGCCGAAAGAGGUUAAAAAAAAAAGUGCAAUGAUCAAAUGUGUAAUGAUUUAUCUCGUGUGUAUUCAUUUCAGAGGACUGUACUAUGACGUUGCUUAAAUACACUUUUAUUCCCUGGAAAUGAUUUUAUUAAAAGUGAUAGUUUUUAUACAUAUACAGGAUAUUGUUAGAUGUCUCAAGAUUUGUUGGAAAUUUAGACUGGUGCAUCGUGAUGCAGAGGUAUUUUUUUAUAUUUUGAAAUUGGCAAAGUUAUUUUGAUAUACUUUGUGGUGGGGAUAUAAGGAAGGUUGAUAAUUGCCAUCCCUUAAAAAACAAAAACAGCAGCAGAAUCCACUUAAUUGGCCUUCAUAUUCCAUUUGUGAUAAGCAUAAGACUGUGUGAUAAAAUCGUGUGCCUCGGAUUCCAGGAUUGUCGAUACCAGUGUUGGAAUGCGUACAAGCGAAUUUACGUUCAGUGGUUGAGGUGCUUAUGUGAAAAUUGCAACUCCGAAUGCUCAAAGGACGACAGAGGUGGGAGAAAUCCGGUCACUGUUUUCACCUUCAAAGUAAAAGUGCUGACUGUGUUUUGACUCGCAAGUAGAAACUUGUUUGAUAGACCAUCAGAUGUUUUGAUAUCAUCAAUGUUUGUGCAAAAAGGAAUUGUUUUUAUUUGGAUAGAAUGUUAUGAUUUUUAAGUUUUUGCUUUCCUGGUAUUUUGUUGCUUCUGUCAUGGGUACAAGACGUCAGUUUUAGCAUGAAGCUCUUAUAGUCAAGUAAAAGGAAAAAUGGCUGCCUCAUGUAACUUGGAGUUUAUUGGUUUUUUUUCUCUUGUGCACUAGUAAUGAAUCUGGGUAGUAUUGUUAAUUAAAAACUGACAAUGAAAAUUAUUAUGCAUAAGACGUUCUCGAAAACCUGUAGCAAAGGCUAGUCUCUUAUAGUACCUUAAUAACACAAAAUUGUCAGAUUCUAAAACCAUGAAACAUUGUUACUAUACUAUGUAAUUUACAUCCAUAUUUUCAAGUGGCACUGAACUUAAAUGGUUGGUUAGUGUUUGAAAGCCACAUGAAAAACUAGUAAAUUUUUACGUAUAAUUGAAUUUUUUAGGUCAAAUUAUAAAUUACAGAAAAGCUUGUGCUUUUGAUGAAAAGAUAAGCUAGGAUUUUGCUAAAAAGUAAUGGGGGACAUUUUGUUUUCUAGUUUUGGAGAAAAUUAUGUAAGGUCAUUUUUAUGUGAUAAAUUUUGAUUCCAAAAGAGUUGAAGUUAAAAACUUAGUUUAUAUAUUAAUUUUUCUCAGAAUAGAAGUGAUGUUUCUGGUGAUGUAAAUGUAUUUUUAAAUUGAAAAGGAGCAUGGCUGUGUUUACAGUAUAUAAUGUGUUCGUUCUGGCUUCAAAAGACCAUAAUUUUUCAUAGCAGUUUAGAUUUAUUCUUCAAAACUUGAUUGCCUGAGCGAUUUAGAAAGAAUUUUAACUUAGUUGGUAAGGUUUGAAGCAUGUCAUCAGUUUUUCAUAGAGCUAUGAUUGAAUUGUAUUGCAACAACAAAAUCAACUGUGUAAUAAUGAUGGUACAUUAUAGAGCCCCAUUAAGUUGCAUUGCUCAGUUUUUUUGUCAACAUUUGCUGUGAAAAUGUUAUUCUCUAUCAGAGGCAGAAAAAAGUGCAUAUAAUAAUUCCUAAAGGUAAAUACAUAAGUUCACAAUCAAUUACAGAACAUGGUCCAUUCACCCAUGUUACAAGCAACAGAAUGACAGCAGCUGAGAUGAUAACUAAUAGUUUGAGAAACUUCAGAAAUUGUAUAGUUCUGUUAUAAUUGUUAAUUGGCUGUUCCUUUCUGUACAUUUACAUAAUUCUAUAUCUGAAUGAAGUGCAUUCUUAUAUAGGAUCAGUUGUCUGGAACUGCAUCUAGUUUCUUUUAAAGGCCCAAGGUCUGUAUUUUUCUUUUUUUUUUACUCUUAAUUUGUAGAUUACCACAUUUGUUAGUGUAUUUCAAGUUUGUGAAACAAAUCAGUGAUGGAAAUUUUGUUACAAUUCUCAGCAUUUUUCCUCCUCAGAUUUUUACUAAUUGUAAUUUAAAUAAAAUUUUAACUUGGUGCUAAAAACAAUUCCCAUGUGAAUCCUGUAAUGAUUUUACAAUAUAUGAAAUUCCAGUGUAAUUUUAUUUACUACGUUUAAAAUUCCGCUUCAGCCAUAUUUGGCUUAAUUUCUGAUCUUAAAAUAUGAAGUAAAUUCAAGAUCAACGAGAAUGCACAUCAGUCAGGUACAACAAGCAGUUCCAACUUGAAUGGUGAAUACUUACUUGUACACAGGUCUUUUUAAAGUGAUGGAAAAUACCGACAGGUGGGUUGAGGUGUGAAAGGAGGGUGUAGAGGUUUCUCUGGUAAUCUUUGGCGGCAGCUUCAAGGUGAUCCAUUGCUGUCUGUACCCUCCCUUGUUUAUUAUGACUGAUAUUGUUUUGUUACUUGAAUGUAAAUACAGUCAUACAUACUUUCUAAA